AUGAAGAUCGGACGCCGGCGCGCCCAACUCCUCCUAUUUCUCCUCUCGGCCGUCGCUCUUUGCGAAGCUUCAGCCUCUGCACAACCAGCGGACCUCUCUGCCAGCACAUUAGGAGAAGUUGUCGCCCCUGCAGGAGGAGUCGCCGGAAAACCCUCUCCUGUGGGCACAGAACAUGCCCCCGUGGAUGGGAAAGAUGGAAUGCCACAUGAAGGACCCUUUGUUGAGACGAAUGCAGAGAGAACGAGGAAGAAAACGCAGGGUACUGCCGCCGAUGACGAGAUUCCGGUAGAAAAUCCAAAGUUUAAGGAGUCUUACAAGGACCUCUCAACAGAUGGCGAUCUGCCCAAGACAAACGACGCGGUCAUGGACGAACGCGUCAAGUCAAACCCCGUUGAAGGGACCAGAGGUGUGGAAGGAGGGAUAUCUGAGAAAUCCAAAGAUUCUAAGAUUACCGAAAAGAGACCCGAUCCUCCUAAAGACGCGAGACCUAUUCCGCAUAGCGAAGUUCUUGGGAUGAAAGAUGCCAAUGACGGAGAGUCACUACCUCCUGUUGACGAGGAGACGAAGAAGGUUCUGAUGGUCCCGGAUGACCUCCCCAACAAACCUCAUGACAUUCCUCAUCCUGAGAAUCCAUCCUCUCCCAAAGACACCAUCCUCUCUUCUGAAAGCACUAACAACCAACAAACCUCGAGUAAACCAAAAGAUCACGAGCCUGCCGUCAUCUCCCCCAUGCACUCUCUCCUGCUCUCCUUUACCAUGAUCAUCUUCUCCGAGAUUGGUGACAAGACAUUCCUUGUCGCCGCACUCAUGGCCAUGCGCCAUCCACGAGUGGUUGUUUUUACAGCCGCCUUCUCCGCACUCAUUACAAUGACCGUUUUAUCCGCCAUGCUGGGACACGCAGUUCCAACAUUAAUCCCCAAGACAUGGACAAAUUUUGCCGCUUCUGGGUUAUUCUUGGUAUUUGGUGUGAAAAUGCUUCUGGAAGCCCGUUCAAUGUCUCCGGAUGAAGGAGUCAGCGAAGAAAUGAAAGAGGUGGAAAUGGAAUUAGAAGAGAAAGAACAUCAGCAGGCGAGGAGGAUGUCGAGACAUCGAAGAAGAUCAUCCGCCAUAUCGCCUUAUGCCCUCGAAGCGGGGCGCGGCCCAGGAAGAACAAAGAACACAGACUCACGGCUCCCUUCACCACCCGAAUCCCCAGCAUCGUCACGCGAUGCAUCGCCUGCCCGUCAAUCAUCUCUUCAAAACAUCCUCAGUGGAAUUAACAAUCUCUGUUCGCUCCUCCUUUCACCAGCGUGGGUGCAGACUUUUGUCAUGACCUUCCUCGGAGAAUGGGGUGACCGCUCUCAGAUCGCGACAAUUGCGAUGGCCGCGGGUCAGGACUACUGGUGGGUUACGGCUGGGGCGCUUGUUGGGCAUGGUAUUUGCACUGGAGCCGCCGUGUUGGGAGGAAGGGCCAUUGCUGGGCGAGUCAGUUUGAAGACUGUUACCAUGGGUGGAGCGAUUGCAUUUUUGGUCUUUGGGGUGAUUUAUUUGCUCGAGGCUGUGUAUUAA